AUGAAAAAAAAUCGGUUAAAAAUGAAUAACUACCGUGCCAAAAACAAUGAAAAGUGUCCGGACCAUAUUUCUGAAGUUGGUGGAUACCCCCCGCUGUUCAGUAGUCAUACAUGGACUGAAUGUGCUCCGAUUAGUCAUCGAAUUCAUCUAAUGCAUCCGUCGAUGUCCAUUGGACGCAACUAUAGACUAGGACUCGAUAAGAAAUUACGCGAAAUCAACAAGUUAAACGAAACGACUAUGAGUAUUAAGAUAUUAGACGAAGAUCAUCAUCUUUUACAUUGUCCACGUCAAAAAAGCAAAUCCAAAAUCAAAAAACCACAUAAAACGAAUACCACGACUGCAGAUUACAAAUGUCCCGGGGUCGUGCCUCUAGCGGAUGUAUUGUCCGGAAAAUAUCACAGAGACAAAGCAGAGCGGAGGGAACAAGAAAAAAUCGCAAAGAAAAUUAAAAAUACUAUGAUAAAAGCACAGAUAUUACCUACAAAUUUUAUCAGAUCAUCAUUACAUGCUUGUAAAGCAAUGAGUCCAGAUGAACAAUUGAAUGUAUUGAAAGAUAUGUGGAAAAAACAAGAAAACAUAGAAAUUGGCAUGUGUAAAGAAGACAUUGAAACGAUUAAGUACUAUUUGAACGAAGGCAUAUCUAGUGAUUUUUAUAAUCCGUUUCCAGAACAAGUUUUAGAAAAUAUAAAGGAAAAUCGUAUUGAACCGAAUCUAUUAAAAAAGUAUUAUUUUUUGACGGCAUAUAUGGAAAGUGAAAUACGAACAAAUUAUGACACUGCUUGCAAAACAAUAAUCCUAAAUUAUUUACUGAUGGAGCCAGAUGAACUAAAUAGAAUUGGAAUAACAAAUUAUUAUAGACCUGAUUAUUCUACAAUGCAAAUCAGAGGUCCAAUUCCGUGGCACCAAACAGCUACUAUUCAGAGGGAUCAGCUAAGGCAUAAUUUAUAUAUUUUUAAUGAAUCUAUUUUAAUAUUGAAUACUAUAUGGAAAAAGUAA